UCUCGUGUCCUGCAACAGUGGAAGACGGUCUGAGGCAUCAUGAAUCGCCUUAUUCUUGUGACUGUGGCUGUGAUGGCCAUGGCUUAUGUGGCAGCAGCUGGUGGAAGCUAUGGUGGAGGCGGUAGAGGAGGCGGAGGUGGAGGCGGUAGAGGAGGCGGAGGAGGAGGUGGAUUCGGUGGACACAGGUUAAGUGGAGGUGGAGGAGGGUUUGGAGGCAGUGGAGGAGGAUUUGGAGGCAGUGGAGGAGGAUUUGGAGGCAGUGGAGGUGGAUUUGGAGGCAGCGGAGGUGGAUUUGGGGGCGGCCGAGGUGGUGGUGGAUAUGGCGGAAGUGGAGGCCGAGGUGGAGGCGGAAGUGUAAAUCGUGGAGUUCUGAUCGGCGCCGGAAAGCUGUCUGGAGGUGGCGGCGGAUUCGGUGGCGGUGGAUUCGGAGGUGGAGGAUUCGGAGGCGGCAGCGGAGGUGGUGGAUUCGGAGGCGGCAGUGGAGGUGGUGGAUUCGGUGGCGGUGGAUUCGGAGGCGGCAGUGGAGGUUUCGGUGGAGGAAGAGGAAGUGGCAGUUACGGAAAGUAAGAUGAACUGAGUCUCCAUAUAAGUAGAGCAAAUACUCUGCUUAAAAGAUGUAAUGAAAAGCAUUGA